UCUGCGCUCAGUGAGUUCACCAAACUGUUUGCAUACCAGGCUCCCCUUUGCACCGCAUGCUUGUCCAAAUUGGGAACGCAGAUCUCGGAGGAGCGCUGGAAUUUAUGAGUUGGACGCUGCCGGGUACAUUUCUCCUCCUUGGACAUCCCGACUGACAGACGUCUUCUCCUAAUCCUCCAAACUCGACAUUGUUUAAAUCUUUUACGCACGAUUUUGUAGUGAUACUUUCUCGGGGAAUCUGCUUCUUGUCACGGGUUUCCAACACUGAGCUGCGCUUUGAGCUCAUGAGAAAAGGAGAGCCAAACCAGUCUACCAGAGUUGUCCUCUUCACCUGAACAAAGACGUGGCCCUCACAGAUACCCAUGGGGCAGGGAGAGGCUUCAGCGCGGGGGACCACCAUGGAGGGGGACUGCCUCAGCUGCAUCAAGUACCUCAUGUUUGUCUUCAAUUUCCUCAUCUUUCUGGGAGGCUCAUUCCUGCUGGGAGUUGGGGUGUGGGUGCUGGUGGACCCCACAGGAUUCAGGGAAAUUGUAGCAGCCAACCCUCUGCUCUUCACGGGGGUCUACAUCGUCCUGGGCAUGGGGGGCAUGCUCUUCCUGCUGGGCUUCCUGGGCUGCUGUGGAGCCAUCAAAGAAAACAAGUGUCUGCUGCUCUUUUUCUUCAUGCUCAUCCUCCUCAUCUUCUUAGCAGAGCUGGCAGCCGCCAUCUUGGCCUUCAUUUUCCGGGAACAUCUGACCAGAGAGUACUUCACCAAGGAGCUGAAGAGGCACUAUCAGGGCGUCAACAACACGGACGUCUUCACUUCUACAUGGAACGCCAUCAUGACCACGUUUGACUGCUGCGGAGUGAACAGCCCUGAGGAUUUUAAGGACAGUCUUUUCCGCCGCAUCAACCCGGAUCAUGUGGUGCCCGAGGCCUGCUGCCAGCGCGCCAAUCAGGCCGGAGAGCUCGCCUACAUCAGCCAGGAGCAGUGCCUGUCGGGAAAUAUGAUGUUCCGCAAUAAUAAGGGCUGUUACUCCGCUGUGGUCGACUACUUUGAACUUUACAUCUACGUGGCUGGAGCACUGGCUAUUGUGGUGCUGACCAUUGAGCUUUUCGCCAUGGUCUUCGCAAUGUGUCUCUUCAGGGGAAUCCAGUAGAGCUACGCCAUAUGUGAACUUCUUUUUAAAAAGGGAAUUCAGGAGUCAAACUAAAAAAAAAGAACAAAACACAAAAAAACAAGCGGACAUUUGUAAAGUUGUCAUUCUUUUUGUAUUGGCUUAUGUAACGUCAAACCACUCUAGUACUUCACAGCUGGACUUUUGAGGUACUAGACCACAUAACGCACGCACCCAAAGCAUAGCGUGAUACUGAUUUAAAGAUUGUGUGAUGAUGAGUAAUUAGGACCAGGUCUGUAGUAGACUGGGUUUGGACCAGACCUGAGCAGGCACUGCACUGACUUUUGGAUGAAGAAUAUUUAUAUUAAGUAAAGUUGGCUUAAUUGUGUAAAAAUGUGUUCUAUGUACACUUUGUUAGGCUGUUUCCCCUUUUUUCAUACUACUUACUGUAACACUCCCCUUAACAUGCCUUUUACAGCCACUCUUCUUCAAUGCUGUAUUAUAUAUAUAAGCUGUGUGUGUGAAUGGGACCGAAUGUAUGUAUGUGUAAAUAUUGAAUGCUCUAUUUGAAUGUGUAUUAUGGUAAUGAAUGAGCAUGUGAUCGUGUAAGCCCCUUUGAGCUCAAGUCUCUUUUCUAUUUGUUCGGUGAUGUUUAUUGCAAUAGUGGUUUUGCUCUGUGGUUUUAGAUGGUGAAAUGUAUGUGUAUGCAUUUGUACUAGACUAAUGAAAAGUCAAUGACAUAAAUGGCAUUUGAAACGA